AAGCGCCUAGAUGAUGAUCCGCCCCUCCAGAGUGUGGCUGGAGUGAGAGUGACCUUAGCUUACUCUCUAACCACGACAUUCCAACGAUAACAACUCUGCAACUCUUGACUUGAAGUACAUACAGCACACCCUGUGAAUAUGGCACCAUCAGCUCUCGCUCAGAAGCAACAGACCGCGACAAGCGGCCUAUCAUUGAAAGACCAACGGAACACUACAGGGCGGAAGGACGAAGUGACACUGACUUCAGCGGAUGUGAUUCAGCUCGAGCAGGAGUUCGGAGCCCAUAAUCCAAGUUAGCGCGGAGGCUUUGGAAGCAGCAUAGAAUGCGAGCGCCGAGGAAGGAGAACCAUCGUACUUCGCGUCUCCUGUUGUGUCUUUUAUAUGGCUUGAAACUUACGCACAAUUCUCUCUGUACAGUUACCAUCCACUCCCUGUCGUAUUUGAAUCCGGCAAGGGUGCCAAAGUAUGGGACCCUGAAGGCAGAGAGUAUAUUGAUAUGCUCUCCGCGUAUUCGGCUGUUAAUCAGGGUCAUUGUCAUCCCCGCAUUGUAGCCACACUCGUCGAGCAGGCACAGAAGCUUACUUUGUCCUCGCGAGCAUUCUACAAUUCAGUCUUCGGGCAAUAUGCCAAGAAGAUUACUCAGAUCUUUGGCUUCGACAUGGUCCUUCCUAUGAACACGGGGGCUGAAGCAGUAGAAACCUCCGUAAAGUUGGCACGUAAGUGGGCGUACCAGAAGAAGGGUGUUCCUGAAGGGAAGGCCAUUGUCUUCAGUGCGGAAGGCAAUUUCCAUGGCCGAACAAUUGGUGUCAUCAGUAUGAGUACCGACCCGGAAAGUCGUACUGGUUUCGGCCCAUACCUCCCGCUGGUUGGGCCCAUUUUCGACGACAACGGCAAAUCGAGGACGAUACGGUAUGGCGAUAUUUCCGACAUUGAGCGGGCCCUGGAACUAUAUGGCAAGAACGUUGCUGCCUUUCUUGUAGAGCCCAUCCAGGGUGAAGCAGGAAUUGUUGUACCACCGGAGGGCUAUUUGAAGAAGGUUCGCGAGCUAUGCACGAAGCACAACGUUCUGCUUAUUCUUGAUGAAAUCCAAACGGGCCUAUGCCGAACAGGGAAGAUGAUGUGCUAUGAGCAUGAUAACAUCCGACCUGACAUUGUUUGUCUUGGAAAGGCGCUUUCCGGCGGAGUAUAUCCUGUAUCAGCGGUCCUCGCGGAUCGUGAUGUAAUGCUUUGCAUUAAACCCGGUGAACAUGGUAGUACAUACGGAGGCAACCCUCUCGGUUGUGCAGUCGCAAUGACAGCGCUCGACGUCCUCAUUGAUGAAGAUCUUGCAAAACGUGCAGAGGUUCUUGGCGAAAGGUUCCGCGCAGGCAUUCGAUCCUUCAACUGUCCGCUGGUCAAGAUCGUUCGCGGACGAGGUCUCUUCAACGCCAUUGUAAUUGAUGAAGAGAAGAGUUCGAAACGACGAACUGCUUGGCAAUUUUGCCUGUUGCUCAAGAGCAGAGGUUUAUUGGCUAAGCCUACCCAUGUCAACAUCAUUCGAUUCUCCCCUCCACUGGUAAUCUCUGAGGAGGAUUUGGACAAGGGCAUCCAUAUUAUCCAGCAAGCUUUAGAAGACCUCGAUAAGUUGGAUGACAUCCCUGGUGAAGAUGAGAGCGAGAAGGGACACAAGGAUACCAUCUCGAACUAGCCGGUGACUGUUGAGUGUAUCAAUAUCAUUCUAUCUACGUGAUGACUUCUUGUAACAUUGGCUUUGUAUUGAUAUGUUUGUCUGUCUUGAAAAUGACACUCUGGCAGCUCUGAACUCCUGUUGC